AUGUGUGAAAAUUUGAAGCAGGAUCGCAUAAGAUGCGAGGCAUGCAGAACUAUAAACUUGGCGAAACAUGUCAAACAUCCGAAGCCUGAUAUGCAGAUAUAUGAGAAGUGUACACCGGAAAAAAUAUGUGUUCCUGUUCAAGAGGUACCUCUUAACCCUACAUGUAUCAAGGUAUGCGACAAAGAAGAAUUCAAGCUGAGGAAAAGUGGCAAAGCAAAGAAAAUAGCAAUGCCGAAAAUGCCCUUACCUUACGCGCAUGGCAAACUAAUGUACGCCGUCAAAGCUGGUAUCCUGGUAGGCGCUGUGUAUUUUACGUACACUCAAGGCGUGUGGGGCGACCAGCAAGAUGUUUCCGAGUGUCUUCGCCGAUGGUCAGAAUACAUCCGAAGUAUUAACACUAGGCGUCCACCCAGUUUUGAUUUGUGUGGUAACGUCAUAAAAAAGGAAAGCACUGAAAGUAUACUCGCGCCCAUAUACCUCAUGUACAAGGAAGUAGUGACAACUUGUUUUUCUGGGGUCGUCAAAGUUCCUUUGCUGUUUAAAUGCGCCUACGUAGCCUAUCUCGAUGCGAUGAAGAAAAAAGAGGAACAAGCGAACAUUGAGAGGAAGAUCAGAAAGAGAGGUUAA